AAUAGUGAACGUACAUUAAUUAAGAAUAAAAUAAAGCAAUUUCAAGGAUUUUAUUGUUUAUAUUGGAUGUGGAUUUCAAUACUGAUGAAAGACUAUUCCAUAUUUUAGGCCCUAGGUAUGGUAGGCACGUUUGUCCAGUAUUGCUUUUUCGAAAUUGUAAGUCUAGUUUAAACUGUGAUUUUUGCUUUAUUCGGUCCUGGUUGACCUGGUAGACAGCAAGCAAUGAACCCUUUGUGGAUAAAUUGUCUAGAUCAAUGUUUGCAAGAUGGGAUAUCAUAGGCAAACUGAGAUUUAUCUAAUUAGCCUUGCAAUUUGCAGGAGCGGCUUAUGCAUUCUAAAAAAGAGGUCAGCUUGAAAACAAAUCUUUGUCUGUAAUAGCAUGCGAUAUGCCCUUACAUUCAAGAUUAGUGAGUGAAAUUUAUCAAAGACAAAGUUCACUGAAUUUAAUAAAACAUCUACACCAAGGUUAACUAGCUCAGAGGCCCGGAGGUAAUUCUUGAUUACAAGGGUCUGUGCGCGUGACCGAGCUAUAAUUUAAUGUUCCUGCUUGAUUUGUCAGGAAGAAUGAACCACCGGUCUGGUGUCAGGUCUUCGUGUUAGGCGGCUCUAUUGAAAUCAGCGACCUUGACCAGUUUGUUCACCGUGUCGUGAUUUGCUUAGCAUGCCACUGUUGCUAAGGUCAUUACAACUAGGGUCCCAACUAUAGUUUGCAGCUGGCUGGAAAGAACGUGUAUUCAUUUCGCUACUAUUCUUGCAAAGUAAAUCUCUACGAGAUGUAUUUCCUUUUCACUCGGACGCUUAUGAUUUGUUCAUGAAAAUGGUAUGACUGCUUGACUCCAUAAUUUCUUUACAAAAUAAAUUGGUUUAGUUAUUUUUGCAAUUAUGAAACCAGUCAAGGUCGAGUUCGUUAAUCAAGACUAUAAUUGCUCCAGAAGGUCAAGUUGCUCGGUCAUCUUGUCUUCGUUCUACUGGCUUCUGCUGUUUGCCUGCAUACUGUCCAGCAUCUUGUUGAUAUGUUUAAAGAUUCUCCCCCAAGUGUUGGUUGGUAAUGCAAAAAAUACCGCAUCAACAGAACUACUACCAUCCGGCAAACAUGAAGGAGAUCUCAGCUGGAAAAUGGAGCGUAAAAGUGUAUUGAUUCUCGGGCAAGGUCGCUCUGGCUCGUCAUUUCUCGGAGAAAUUUUCAAUCAGCACCCAGAGGUUAUGUAUUUGUAUGAACCACUGCACGCGUACAAGAUUUUUUCAAUGACAGGGAUAUUCCCUUCUGAAAACUAUGGCGUGAAUGCCCUGCAGGUCUUAUUCGAUAUUUUCAACUGCCAUUUUAGCAGUCUUCAAGACUACUUGACAUUCAUAUCAUUUCCCGAGCUUAGCAGCCCACAUUUUCGCACGUCCAGCAAGCUCUUCUCUUCGCCACCCUUUUGUAAACACCACAUGAUGCCACACAUGUACGACAACGACUCACCAGCUAAAUUCCGCGAAAUCUGCCCGCAGCUGCAUUUCAAGAAAGUUUCUGCCGCAUGCAUGACAAAGAAAAGCAUCGUUGUCAAAGAUUUGGUGCAUCGCAUGCCAUUUGAGAAUUCUUCAAGCCUUGAGCGGCUAAUAGAGCUUCAGCCGACAUUGCAUGUUGUUUAUCUUGUGAGGGACCCAAGAGCGGUUAUAACCUCAAUGAAGAAAAUGGGGUGGAUUGGGGAUGGGCCUGAAGCCAAAUUUGAAGAUGUCUCUUCAGCUGCCAUUCAUCUGUGUAAACAAACUCUGGAUAUGCUCUGGGGCAUUGACCGUUGGUCUGCACGAUUUGGCACGCGAGUCCAAUUGGUACGGUACGAGGAUUUGGCAUCAGAUGCCGUUCAAAAAUCGGAAGAGCUCUUCAAAAAUAUUGGCAUGUCGUUCCCCAGUGAAGUGCGUAAUUGGAUAAAAUUAAACACGAAUUCGAAUCAGAAAAGUGAGUUAGAUCCUUACAGGGUAGAUCGUCGCAAUGCUACUCUCUCCUUGCAUGCAUGGAGGUUCUCGAUCUCUAACGAUGACCUUGUAGAAGUACAGGAUAAAUGCUUGUCUGUUAUGUCCAUCAUGCGAUACAACACUUUUGAAGAUGUCAUCUACCUAAGAGACCUGAUCUUACCCAGCUUUAGGAGUUUCUCUUAAAACGUUAUUCGGAAAAAAUACAACUGCUAGGGCAAGUGACCAGAUACCCUGAGUGCCAAGGCCCAGGGUAAUGACCAGAUUACUCGGAUCUUCUCACUUGUUAAGAGCAGCUCAAUUAAGUAACUUUUCUUAAAUAAAUUCUGAUAAAUUCAACAAGAGUUGAUGCCGACGAUGAUCACUUUAAGUUUUGAGUUGAUGACGACGAUUUUGAGUUGAUCACUUUAAGAUAGCAUAUGCGUUUGUCAUAUGUAUCCCAUUCGUACAACAAUGGUCAUCGACAUUGGACAAUCGGAUAUGACGUAACAGUUGACAACAGAUCAGCGGAUCUGGAAAUAUUCUUCGACGGGGGAUUUUCCGAAAUCGACAAAUCAGACAGCAAUCACUCGACGAUGCAUCAAAACUAAAUUGAUUUCAACUGUCCAAGAAAAAGAUGCAUAAUAUAAAUUUGGAUUUGCUUGUACUGGUCAAUUUUCUGAUUUUAUUCAGUCUCAAACAUAUCACAGGAAACUAAAACCAUAUUUCUACUUUCAAAGCAGAUCAUACCUUUGAUAAUUUUUCUUUACUUUUCUAAAUGCAUAUAUGUAUAUUUAUUAUUCAGACACUUUAAGAACAUAAAAGAGUUGUAUAGUGACAAUAUUUAAUUUGUUUUAGAAGAAAAUUUUAAUCCCAGAUACUUAAAGUAAAACCUCUUUGACGACAGCAGGUUAAUAUCCUUACUACCAUUAGCAAAUAGGUGCUAAGUUCUUAAGUCUGUACAUCAAACUAUGAACGAUUUUAUAUCUUGACAAUUUCAGCUGAUCAAAAUGGCUAUUUUUUUACAGAAAAACAUUAUAUUUAUUACCCAAACAGGGUGUCUAUUAAUUCUUACGUUUGUACAAACUAUGAAAAAUUUUAUAUCCUGACAAUUUCAGCUGAUUAAAAUGGUUAUUUUCUACAGAAAAAAACAUUAUAUUUAUUACCCAAAUAGGGUAUCUAUUAAUCAUGAAAGUAAAAAUAAGGCUCAUUAUAAACCCUCUAAAUAUAUUGCCAUUUCUUCACUCUGAGUCCAUCAAAAAUUGAAAAUUUCUCUUGUUAAAGCUUUAAGAACCAACUAGAAAGAGACAAAACCCUUUACAUGAGAAGCAAAACCCUUUUAACCAACUUUCGACGUAAUCUAAUUUUAUAAUUGUAUUUAAUAUUACUAUUGUAUUGAACUCGUUAGUACUUAAAAAGACUUUAAGUAUGACACUUUUAUUGCUCAAUGCGCGAACAGAUGUAAAUUCAAUAAUUGGAUAUGGAUUCAUACUAUGUGACGUCAGCUAUUGGAAACUGAACAAGCUAAGACUAAGCUAGAGAAAUUCCAGCGUAACUUUUAAGAUUUAUAGCAUAAGUCUGUUCUCACAGAGGUCAACUAUCUGAGAACUUAUGGCUAUCUUCAAGGAGGUUUUCUUGAGGCCUAUCAGUUCAUCUGCCGGAGAUAAAUAGCUGAAUAACCCACACAGAUUUUUAAAGCGAGCCUCGCAUACCAUUUGACAUAGAUUUUAGAUUGUAUAUUUUAUUUCGACGAAGAUGAUGAAAUUUAGAAGUA